GCCAUGUUCAACUUUACCAAUUCACCAGUCGCACCACUUGACAUGCCGCAAGAUUUGUCAUGAUCAUGAAUGAUGCGGCCUGGGUCACAGUCGCACACAGAGGGCUAGCUAGAUCAGCCGUCCAUCAGAACAGACCUGAAUGCGUGAGGCAGCAUGAGUGUGAAGGCCUUUGAGCUGGUGCCGGUGGUGGAGCGCGAGCUCCUGAUGGCGGACAAGGCGCGCGUCACCAUCGAGUGCCUGGAGUGCUGCGGCAAGUACCUGUACGUGGGCACCAACGACGGCUUCAUCCACCACUUCCUGCUGGACCAGCAGACGGACGCCAAGGGCCGCCCGCACUUCCUGUCCCAGAAGCUGCAGCAGAAGCACCUGGGGCUGAAGAGGGGCGUGGCCGAGCUGAAGGCGGCGUCCGCGCUGGAGCGGCUCAUCGUGCUGUGCGACGCCACCGUCUACGUGCACGACAUGCUCUCGCUGGAGCCGGUGCCGCCGUCGUCGGGCGGCGCCAAGAUCAAGGGCGCGCUGUCCUUCUGCGUCAACGAGAACCCCGUGAGCGCCGACCCGUUCUGCGUGGAGCUGGGCGUGAUCUCGUCGCGGCGGCGCGCCGUGCAGAUCUACACGUACACCGUGCGCGAGGAGCGCGUGCAGCUGGUCAAGGAGCUGGCCACCGCGGGGCAGCCCUGCGCCCUCAGCCUGGACGGCUACUUCCUGUGUCUGGCGCUGGCCUCGCAGUACGUCAUCCUCAACUACAGCACGGGCGCCUCGCAGGACCUGUUCCCCUACGACAGCGAGGAGCGCAAGCCCAUCGUCAAGCGGAUCGGACGCGAGGAGUUCCUAUUGGCUGCCCCUGGGGGACUGGGUAUGUUUGCCAAUGCGGAGGGCGUGUCCCAGCGGGCGCCGGUGAACUGGUCGGAGAGCGUGAUCGGGGCGGCCGUGUGCUUCCCGUACGUGGUGGCGCUGGACGAGGGCUUCGUGACCGUGCACAGCAUGCUGGACCAGCAGCUCAAGCAGACCCUCUCCUUCAGGGACGGACACAUACUGCAGGACUUUGAAGGCAAGCUGGUGUUGUCGUCCACGAAGGCGGUGUACAUGUUGGUGCCGUUGCCCCUGGAGAGGCAGAUCCAGGGCCUGCUGGCGGGCAAUAGAGUGGAGGAGGCGCUCACCCUGACGGAAGGAGCGCAGAGAAACAUACCCAAAGACAGGUUCCAGAUUUUGCACAAAAGAAUUCUACAGCAAGCAGGAUUCAUCCAGUUUGGACAGCUUCAGUUUUUAGAAGCAAAAGAACAUUUUAGGAAAGGUCAGCUGGACGUGCGGGAGCUCAUCUCUCUGUACCCGCUGCUGCUGCCCGCCGCCUCGUCCUUCGCCCGCUGCCACCCGCCGCUGCACCCGUUCGCCGACCUCAACCAGCUGACGCAGGGCGACCAGGAGAAGGCGCGGCGCUGCAAGCUCUUCCUCAUCAGCUACCUGCACGAGGUGCGCAGCGGCAGCAGCGGCAGCGGCAGCGGCAGCGGCACCGGCACCGGCACCGGCGACGCCACCAACGGCUUCCGCGAGGAAGUGGACACGGCGCUGCUCAAGCUCUACGCCGAGGCCGACCACGAGAGCCUCCUGGACCUGCUGGCGUCCGACAACGCCUGCCUGCUCGCCGACAGCGCCCCCUGGCUGGAGAAACAUCACAAGUAUUUUGCGUUGGGACUUCUGUAUCACUACAAUGGCCAAGACUCUUCAGCUGUACAGCUGUGGACGCGGGUGGUGGACGGGGAGCUGCAGGACAGCACGCGGGCGGACCUGUACGAGUACGUGGUGGACUUCCUCAGCUUCUGCCCCGACACCGACCUGGUGUGGAAGCAUGCAGACUGGGCCUUGAACAGAGACCAGACGAUAGGGGUGCAGAUCUUCACUAAGCGGCCGGUGGAGGGGGGAGGGCAGGGCGUGCGGAUCAACCCCGAGGAUGUGCUCACGUACCUGCAGAAGCAGAAGCACAGCCACGCCCUGCUCCUCUACCUGGAACACCUGGUGCUGGAGCAGCACGUGCAGAAAGAGAAGUUCCACACACACCUGGCGCUGCUGUACACUGAGCGCGUGCUGACGCUGCUCUCUCAGCCGUCCUGCUCAGACACGGUCCUGGCCCAGGCCCGGGCCACACUCCAGCGACUGCUCAAGGAGUCCCACCUCUACCGCGUCCAGCUCCUACUGGGUAAGAUGGAGGGCGUGGACGCGCUGCUGGCGGAGCAGGCCACUCUGCGCGGGCGUCUGGGCGAACACGAGCGAGCGCUCCACAUCCUGGUGCACCAGCUGCACGACCACGCCGCGGCCGAGUCCUACUGCCGCUGGGCCUCGUCCCCCCCCCGGGACCCCCCCUCGUCCCCCCAGGACCCCUCGCUGGGCCCGCGGCUCUUCCACCUGCUGCUGGACGCCUACCUGGAUGCCGAUGUGCCGGGCGGGGCGGACAACGUGGCCGCCGUGGACCUGCUCAAUCGCCACGGCAACAUGUUUGAGGCGUCGCGCGUGCUGGCGGCGCUGCCCGAGGGCUGGUCACUGCAGCUGCUCCGCCCCUUCCUGACCGCCGCCGUCCGCAAGAGCGCCCACGCACAGCGCACCGCCCAGCUGGCCGCCGGACUGGCCCGCGCUGAGAACCUCCAGCUGCUGCACGACAGGCUGUUGCAGCGCGGCGGGCCGGUGUUGGUGUCGGAGAAGAAGGGGUGCCAGCUGUGCCACAACACCUUCAGCGCGCCCGACUGCGUGUGCCUGCCCGGCGGGGUGCCCGUCCACACACACUGCGCCGCCCAGCGCCUGCGGGACUCGCCCGCCAAACCACGCCUGGACAACGGCAGCGACCACACAUGAGUGGACCGGACCGCACCGGACCGGACCGAACCGGAGCGGCCGGCGUCUGCGUGUGUGAAUGUGAGCGCAGCGUGAGGGAGGGGGGGAGUGCUGGUUGG